AUGAAGGAUGUGUUGUUAUACGAGCUUGAUCGAAUACAUGAAACUGCUGUCGCAAUAUCUUAUCGCGCAAAUUUGCCACCAGAUGAUUUCUUGCGGGAGAUUUUCAAUUCCAUUGCCGCAACAAAACAAAAUUUGGAAAAUUUGUCAUUUCUGGGAAAUCAUUUCGAAUAUCAUCAGCAAAUUAACGAGUUUGAGUCAAACAUAAAAUGUCUUGAACAAGAUAUUCAAAAUUACUACAAUCUUGAUGAUGUUGUGGAACUUCCCGAUAUUGUAGAAAAUGAAGAUCAUAGAGUUGAAAAUCAAGAGGACGACUCUAUUGAGGAGGAAGAGGAACAAAACGAGGCAGAUGAACAUGAAGAACAAGCAGACACCGAAGAUGAGCUGCCUAUUCUUUAA